AGGGUUCUUCCCUACCUUGCAGCACUACCAAGCUCUCAUCUUUCAUUUUGUUCCCUGUCCAAGUCUUUGAGUUGCUGUUGAGAAGAACAAAGAGAGAUGGCUACGCUUACGGUUCCAGACCCCAUCCCUUCUCCAGCUGAAGAUGCCGAGAAGCUUAGGAAGGCCUUCCAGGGAUGGGGGACUGAUGAGAAGGCAGUUAUUGCCAUAUUAGCACAUAGAGAUGCAGCUCAGAGAGAACAAAUUAGGUUGGCCUAUGAAGAACUUUACAAGGAGAAUCUCAUCACGCGACUUGAAUCAGAACUCAGUGGACACUUUGAGAGAGCAGUCUACCGUUGGAUAUUUGACCCAGUUGAGAGAGAGGCUAUUAUGGCUAAUGUGGCCUUGAAGAAGAAUGUGGAUUACCAAGUGAUCAUAGAAAUUGCAUGUGUGAAUUCCCCCAAGGAGCUUCUGGCAGUGAAACAGACCUAUCAUGCUCGCUACAAACACUCCUUGGAAGAAGAUGUUGCUUCAAACACAAUUGGAGACUUUCGGAAGCUCUUGGUUGCACUGGUGAGCACGUACCGGUAUGAUGGUGAGGAGACAAAUACAGGUUUAGCUAAAUCAGAAGCCAAGAUUCUUCAUGAUGUUAUUGAACAGAAGAUCUUUAAUGAUGAUGAGGUAAUCAGAAUUUUGAGUACUAGAAGCAAGGCACAACUUACUGCCACCUUUAAUUGUUACAAGGAUGAGUAUGGCUCUAUCACCAAGGCUUUGGCUGGUGAGUCUCCGAAUGAAUUUGCUUUGGCACUACGCAUAGCGAUCCGCUGCAUCACCUCUCCUAAGAAGUAUUUUGCGAAGGUUCUACGUCAUGGAGUCGACUCAGGAGCUGACGAAGAUGCUUUAACUCGCGUGAUUGUCAUGCAUGCGGAGAAGGACCUGAAGGAGAUCAAAGAGAUGUUUCAUAAGAGAACCAAUGCUGCUCUUGGACAUGCAGUAGCCAAAGUGACUUCAGGAGACUAUAAGAGCUUUCUCCUUGCUUUAAUAGGGGAUUGAACAUGGUGCCUCUGCAUGUGUUUCUACCCUUUAUGCCUAGUGGUCUUCUUCUAGUUUAUAAGUAUUGUGGAAACAUGGGCUGCUUUCCUUUGGGUAUGAGCUGCUGGUCUUGAGACAGUGAACUGCUUUCUGGUGCUGUGUUUUUUGUGUUCAUGUUGAACUUGGACGUAUUUCUGUUUCUCUUAAUAUUUUAGUGUCUAUGUGCUGUUAAAUAUUUUUGCUUCAA